AUGGCGACUGUAGCAAGUCUGUCACGUCGAACAUCGUUGGUGUCCCGACAUUUGCGUUGUGUCACACGUUCUUACCAUUCGUGGCGUAGUAACAGUGAAGUGAAAAGAUGGAAAAACAACACUGGAUUGUUCGCAGCUGUAUCUAUGGCUCUUUUUGUUGGCUACAAAUAUUCGCGACCUGAUGUGGUAUAUGCCAAAUCUCGAAAGAAGGAGGACGAAACACAGAAAGCAAUAAAGCUGACUAUGAGAGAACGAAGAUUUAUCAAAUUUGCAUCGGUGGAAUAUGAUGGGCAACUGUACAUGACGCCUCAGGACUUCCUCGACAGUGUUGUUGAACCUGAGCCCAGACCGAGGCUGAAGAGACGCGUGUUAACUGACAAGGAGCUGGAUGUGAUGAGAAACACCAUACCCACGCUGCGCCAUGGAAAUCCACAUAUGUUCAGAAACCUUCGAGACAAAGGAAUAAUUUCUUACACGGAGUAUUUGUUUCUUCUAUCAAUUCUAAUCAAACCUAAAUCAGGUUUUCGAAUUGCAUUUAACAUGUUCGACACGGAUGGAAAUGAACGCGUGGACAAAACCGAGUUCCUUGUGAUUCGACGAUUGCUCGGCGGCAGCCUGAAGUACCGGCAUCUCGACGAUGAAACGAAACGUGCAUUAAGUCAUAUAAUACCACCAAGAGAAGACUUGAUUCAUAAACCAAAGCUUCGUAAGAACCAGCAGGUCAAUGAGAAAAAACAAAUUUUCUCUAAUUCUUACAUGGAAAAGGUCUUCAGCCACGCUUGGAGAGGACGCCAUGGCACCGAAACGAAAGAAAAGUUAGACCUUCUAACGGAAAGGCAAACCACUCCUGAAGAUAUUCAGAUUCAAUAUAUCAACGAUGAACAGGUGAUAGGGCUCUUGCAACGACGGCAUGCAGUUGAUACGACUCUAAUGAUACACUUUUUUGGGAAAGAUGGCUCGAAUGAGCUGAAGUUCGAAGACUUCAAACGUUUCAUGGAAAAUUUACAGCAAGAAGUUCUAGAACUUGAAUUCCACGAAUUCAGCAAAGGUCGCGAUAACAUCUCUGAAUUAAAUUUUGCUAAAAUUUUGUUGCGAUAUACCCAUCUGGAUACUGACGAAUACGACAAGUAUUUGGAUAGAAUACUGUCGAAUCCAGACCUUCAAAUUGGAAUUACAUUUGAAGAAUUUCGACGUUUUUACCAGUUCCUGAAUAACCUUGAUGAUUUCUCAAUAGCUAUGCGAAUGUACACCCUAGCAGAUCAUCCAAUAUCAAAAGGUGAAUUCCAACGCGCUGUAAAAAUCUGUACAGGAAGUGUACUUAGCAAUCAUAUUAUCGACACGGUUUUCGCACUUUUUGAUGAAGAUGGCGAUGGCCAAUUAUCCUAUAAAGAAUUUAUAGCGAUAAUGAAAGAUCGACUUCACAGAGGGUUCAAAUCUCAACAACGUCUCAAGCAUUUACAAGCAUUUACUUCCUGUGUUAAGCAAGAGAUGAAAUCACGUUAA